AUGGAGCAGUCCGGCGUCUUGACCAAGAUCGUGGCGGGUGGUGUUGCGGGGGUUUCAGAAACGCUUGUUACUUACCCAGCCGAAUACGUAAAAACACGCCGCCAACUACACUUCAAAUCCGCCACCAACGCAACAACCUCAAGACCCAACCCACCGCCCGGCUCCCUCGCCAUCAUCCGCGACACGAUCCGCACCUCGGGCGUGAGGGGCAUCUACUCCGGCGUCCAGGCCCUCGCCGCCUCCAACGCCGCCAAAUCCGGCAUCCGGUUCCUCGCCUUCGAAACGACGCGCUCAAAGCUCGACGCGCUCUCGGGCUCGGAACCCCAGCCAUCAGGACCGGGAAGGAAGCCCCGUGCCGCGUGGAUCAACGUCCCGGCCCGCAAUUAG